GCACAGAACCCGCGCGGCGCAGUACAUAGGAAGUGACUCACAGGAGUCGAGCGGCGCGCGUGGGUGUGUGCGCUGUUAAAACAAGGCGCAGACUCCUGCGGGUGACUCACUCGGCUGCUCGCUCUUCCAAUGCUGAGAAACCAGCGCGGACUGUUAAUCAGAUGAACUUUCGGGAAGCGUGCGGCCGACAGCGAGCAGCUCCUCUCCCGCGGACCCGAUGGCUCCCGACGCCCUGUGCGCGCUGUGCGGACUCAUGAUAGCGGCGCUGACUCAUUUCCAUGUUGCGAGCGCACAGAAAAGUCAGUGUGGCAGUUCAGAGUUCUUGAACUCAGAUUUGGACGUUUGUGUGCCGUGCGCAUCCUGCAAGCAGUACCCAAAGACCCCGUCGUGCAACACAUGUAAACCUGUGGAGGACACACCAGAUGUGUGGAAACUGGCGGCCAUCACCAGCUUCUCAGUGCUGGCUGUCGUGCUGGUCGGUGCUGCGCUGAUAAUCGGGGUCAUGGUGCAUCGACGCAAGUCGCGGCCUCUACGUGAACCCAUUGAAGAAACGGCGGGGCCACUUUAUCAAGCUUAAACAUUUCAGUAGCCUCAUCUUCCUCUGGAAACAGAUGUGACAGAACCAAGCAGCGACUGGCUCAGAGCCGGACGCGGGAACCUCUGGACCAUGAAGUGCCUACUCUGACCGCAGGGUAUCUCUCGACCAGAAUCGGACCAUUUUAAUUUAUUAGACUGUUCAUUGAAGAGAUGUGCUCAGUUCUCACGCUCAGUCCUUUAAGUGACCACAGGACUCCACAACCCUCACACCUCUGUAGGAAUAGUAACACAACAUUAUCUUCGAGUGGUAUCUUUUUUAAGAUUACGUGUGCCUUUCUAUCCCAUGCAAAUGAGAUUUUGAUCCUGAAGAUGUUUGUGGGUUUAUAGAUUCAGAAUCGAGGCUAAACUACAAUCCACGCUCCUGUUUUGUAUUGUGCCGUUUCCAGCAGGAAUCCAAUGAAUGUAACACAGCUCCUGCUGCCCGCUGGGCUGCAGUUUGAUCCCCUGCUGUUCUGCAGGGUUACAAGGGGUCUCUCUGCUGGUUAUUUGCCACAACAGCCUCUUAAAGAUGAACCACAUGUGAGUAAGUCAUACUAUUAGAGGCACAUUAAGGCCAUUUGAAUGUAGCUAUUUUUAGGUGAAAUGUAUUCUAGCCUUGUCCCCGUCAUGUACCUUUUCUUUUAGUCGUCUGACACAGUGGCGGAGUUGUCGGUUACGUGCUCAUGCACUGUUACCGGGUCUCCUGAGACGAACACAGACAAUUUAUUGCAGGUCAUGACAAUAUGAAAAUGUUUUUAACUGAAUCUUUUCACUAUCACAACCCCCAGAAUACGUUACCGUCCCAACGUCCGUAGGACUGGAUGCUUGAAACACUAGACAGAUCCCAAUCUGCCAACAAGUGGUAAUGUUGCUCAGAACGUACUGUAGUAAAGGGAAUGACACCUACAGUGUUUUAGGUGCAGAUACAGCCACGAGGCCAACUCUUGACUUGCCGAAUGCGCUUAGAUCUGCAACAAGGUAAAAAAAAGAAAGAUGCAUCAUGUGUAAAUGUCUGUUGGUAAUUUUGUGGCCUUUGAACCCAGUGAAAAACAUGGUGGGCAGGAUUCGUUUUCCGAUUUUUUUAUAGUAGAAUUUUUUUUUUUUCUCCAAACCAUGAUGCAGAAUGUGGUUACUGACAAUGUUUCAGGUCUUAUUUUAGAUCUGUCUGCUUGUGGGUUAGGGAACUGCUUGCCCUAUGGCAGCAAAAUUAUGGAAUCACUUAAAAUACAGAUUACUUCAUUUCUUUUUUCUUCUUUCAGAUGUUUAUAUUAUUUAUUUGUAAGUAUCUUGCAGAGUUGUAUUGUAUCAACUGUGAGGGACAAGCACAUUAAAAGGGACUCCGGUGAAGAUUUCUCUUUAACUUCCACUCGGCCAGCCAUCGAUGUUACUGAGCAAUAACUAACAACUUUCUGCUUAUUUUCUUAUGCUUUCUACGUCUAACUGUAUAUACUGUACAUGCACUGGCUUCUUUUACUUACUGCAAUCUUAUAAACCGCUUUGUGUACCAAAAGUAUUUUCACAAUAAAACUGACAAUUUUAAUAAAUAA